AUGGGCGUUAAAGGCCUCACACCUCUCCUAAGACGCUUCGCUCCAUCCUCCCUAACGCCAAUAUCCAUUAACGACCUCCAAAACAAAACGCUAGCAAUUGAUGGGACGCUCUUUAUCCAGCGUUUCGUCAAGGGAGCAGACCGUGGAGAAAAUUCUCACUCCUUUCCUCAUAUGCUUGGGUUCUACCAAUUAGUUACCUUUCUCAAAUAUUACAACAUCAAGCCAAUAUUCAUAUUUGAUGGGGAUGCCAAUAUCAGACAAAAGUUGCAAGAACGUAUUAGGAGGAAAUCAGCUAUGGACAAGACAAAAGCACAAUUGGGUUCUGAAAAUCAACGACAAACGAGAUUGAAAGAGUGGGAGCAGAUUGUAGAGUCAUUAAAAAUAAAAAGUAAAAAGGACGUAUUACGCUCAGAGUAUGUUACUGCAGGUAUUAAAGAUCUGGUCGAAAUAGUCGGAGACGAAGGGUUAGAUACGAAAACUUCACUAAGGAUAAGUAAGGUGGUGGGUAUGUCUGUGUUCAUGCAACGCAAUCCCCGCUUUAGUCCAACUCUAGACGAUAUUUUAAUCAGAACCAGAGUAGAGAAGUUAGUUACGAGUGUUCUUUUGGAUGCCAAGUUGUUGAAAUAUUCAAAAACACGUUCUAGAGCGCAAAAACUUGGCCAGAUGGAGGCCAACCUGCUGAAUGACGUGGUAUUGAAUAAGAUACUGGAUAUUCCUCAGCAACUCAAAUUGUCAGAGGAAACGUCAUUGGAGGAUGCGCACGAGCAUACGGAUUCUUCAGAUAGCGUAAUAUCAACGGAAAUCAGCCCAGAGUCAGCUGAACCUUCAUCUUCAGUCACGGAUGACCAGAUCCGAACACCCGAUUCACCAACACCCGAUUCACCAGAGACGGUCGAAUUAUCUCAACCGUCACCCUUAGCGGACUCGACAGUAAUACCAGAAUCAGCUCAAGUUCUACAAACACCCACUUUGGAGUCUUUAGAGAAAGCAGAGCCGCCUGAAGCUUCUUACCCGACUGAAUCUGUCGAUAUCAGCCCACCAAUUUUAUCAGAGCCUACUUUAAUAGAAGAGACUCAACUUCCAUCGUCUGCUGAAAGCACAGCAUCUUUACCUGAAGUCACGAAACCCACAUUGACAGAGACGAUAGAACAACCCCAGCCUUCAUACCUAGACGAAUCAGCAGAAAUCAGUCCGACGACAGAUUCUAUAUUGGAACCUGUGCCAACCGAGUCGGUAGAAGAAACAAAGCCACCUCAACCCCAACCCUUGGCCGAAGUUGGCCCAGCCGAUACUUUGGAACCUGAAGAUGUAGAUAAAGAUAUGGAAACAUUGGAUAAGAUACAACCAUCUCAACAACUUCCUUCCAUCCCACUAGACAUUCCAUUGCCACAGGAAGAAAUACCCUUUCCUGUAACGUCAACAGAGCCUGAUGACGAAAAACCGUUUGAAUACCCAACCACUUUAAUACCAGAGCCGCCCACCUCUACAGAACUCCCGGCUAUAGCAUUAGAGACAAAAACAUUAGAAGAAGAAGAAACAUUAGAUUUAAAAACAAUAGAAGCCAUUAUAUCAACCUACAAACAAACCAUCGUACUAUCGGACGUACGUUCCACGCUAUUAGACGUAACAUCAGAGACAGACUACUACGUUACCCGCCUAGAAAAAGCAGUAGCCCCAGUAACAAGAAUCAUGAUAGAAGAAGCCAAAGACUUUCUCCGGAAAGCAGGCGUCCCGUGUCUGACGUGUCACGAUCAUGAAGCAGAAGCCAUGUGUGCAUCUUUGACAACGCAUGGGAUAACUGAUGCGACAGUCACCGAAGACAUGGAUGCUGCUCUGUUCGGAGAAGGCCUUGUCAUACGACAGCUUCAAUGGAAAAAUCAACCCAUGUUAGAAUACUCUUCCGUAAAAGCAAGAGAGGAGCUGGACUUGUCCAAAGAGGCUUUUCUCGAUUUGUGUAUAAUGUGUGGAACCGAUUUCGGAGGCAAAGUUGAAAAAAUUGGCCCUGUCACUGCUUUAAAAUUAAUUAGACAAUAUAAAAGUAUUGAAAAUAUAGUCGAUAAUUGUAGCUAUCGAUUUGAUUUCCCUGACAAUUAUCUCGAUGAAGUUAGAGUUACCAGGCAAAUUUUUAACAAACCACCCAAAGUUCAGGACAGUGGAUCUGUCGUGUAUGAUACGAAGCCUGAAUCGCCAGAUCUCGAGAGUUUCCUAGAGUUAUAUGAUAUUCAGCCAAGUAGCGCCAACAUAUUUAAUGAUGCCCCACAAGCUGAAAACAAAAGUCUGAACGAUAUGGUGUUCAUUUGA